UUUUGGCAUAAUUAGUGGAUCCUGAAAUUUUUAUAUUACUAUUAUUUUCAUAUCAAUAUAUGGCGUUAUACCUUGCUUGCUUCCUUUGAAAAUAAAAAUGCAACAUUAUAAUGCUCUUAUAUAAAUGAUAGCGGUUAAUGUCGUUCUUGUUCGGUACAUUUGUUUAGGAUGAGUAAUUUUUCAUUCCUGUGAAAGGUUAUUCUGACACCAUUGACACCAUUCUAAAAGGGUUAUUAUGUCUCCUCCUUGCUAUCUUUUUAUAACCUACGUGUGACCUAUAUGCUUAUGCACAUAUAGAAUCCUUCCACCCCACCCCACCACCUCUCCACCGCCUAAGUGUAGUUAAAAAAGAUCGUUGUGAAUUGGAAGAUUCUAAUCCAGAAAAUCCACCUGAAUGCGACGAGCAAUAAUCAAUUUACUGCUACAAAAUUUUCAAAGAAUCUUAAAACGAGCUUCUGUUUACUAUCUUUAUUUAAAUUAUUUUAAGUCGUGGCAUUCAUCGUUGCUUUUGUUGGGAAGAAGGGGAUAAUCAGAGUUCCUGGUUUGAGUUUGUUUGUGCCUUUUGUUUUCCAAGUUUUCCUGGAAUUCCAGCAUCGAAGGUAACUGAAGGGUCACGAUUUCGGGCGCAGAACAUAAUGAAGCUUUUUAGCUUCACAGUUUUUAUAUAGCUUCACAGUGGGCUUUGAAGGAGCGGUAAGGAAAAGAGUUUAUUAAAGGGUCCAGAAAGCAAUGGCAAGAUUUGAGAAGAUAUUCAUAUGGCAUGUAAAAAGUGUUUAUUGAGGCAGUAUUGCCAUAUUUAAGAAAUUGUUGGGAUAUAAGAGAUGGGAAGGGGUUUUUAGCGGU